GGUUGAUUUAAUGGGGAAUGAGAUCUGCAGAGAGACUGGUGUUGUGACGGAUACCCCUGAGGAACUGCUUAACUUUGACUUCUGCAUCUAGGACACUGGUUUCUCUCCUGCUCUUCUUCCUGCUGUCUCACAAGCCCUGGCAGCAUCAGCACCUCUGCCCCAACACCAAAAGUCACGCUUCCUCCCCAGUUAAAUACAUGCACCACACAAUUGGAGUAAUCUCGUGGCAACUGCCUGCAGCAGCUUUGCUUUUUGGGGCUUGAAGCAGAGCUUGGUGUGCCCGGAAAAGGAUCUCCAAACCCAUCAACAUAAUUUGAUGUUUCCAGGCCCUGGGGCCACUGAUGAGCAUUUAAGCAGCUCCACUUGGGAUGCUCCUACCCCCUGCCCAUGGCCUCUCUUUAAGCUCAGUCCUGGGGGGCAGUCCUUUUGCAAGCUGCCUUGGAGGAGGACCUAUGCACAGCCGUGGACUUUGCUGAUCCAUCCCUUGGUGAUUCUUUACUGUAGUGCCCUCGGUAAGGAAAUUUUAUUCCCUGAGAAAAUUCAGCAGAGGCUUGGUGCUGCCAGGAUGGAGAAAAGAGGGGUGUUGAGGGGGUGUGCUAAGGGAGAGACUGGGACAUGGGCAAAAAUUUGCUUGCUGUGUCUAGAUGAUGCUGAACUUGGUCUUAAAUAUCAACAGGAUUUUUUUUUUUUUUUUUUUUUACAGUUAAAAUCUUGUAUUAUAGCUGUCUAAGCAGUAAACUGGGCUGGUCAUGAGACGAGUUAAAAAUAAUGACACUCCUCUCCAAACGAGCCCUUCAUCGGCUGUGUGUAACCAACGGGGACUAUUAAUGAGUGUGGUCCCAAGGUGGAGCUGGAGGCUCUGUUUUGAAAGACAGGAGGACAUUUGCUCAUUGUCUUUGUGCAAGAGGAAAAAGAAAAUUAGUAAUCAAGGGUUUUUCUGUGACAUUCUGCUGAAUUGCUUCAAGGGGUAGAUACGGGGCAACCAGAAUUAACCAUCAGGCACAAACCACCCUGUCUCAGUUUCCUCCUUUCUUGCAUUGUGUGGUUUUGCUUCUGCCUCCUUUUCCCACAGCUUCAAGGUUAAAUCUGGAUACAGACCAGGGAAAGGGGUGUUUUUAUCCCUGUAGGUCUGGCUUUCAGGGGAACAGUUUGGGCUGAAAAAUAGGUCCAUUGGGAAAGGUUGGGUGUUUUUUUUCAGGCUGCUUGAUGCCUGACUGUGCAGAGGUUGGGGAAGGCGAGAUGGUGAUGGCCAAAGCUGCAAAUGGGUCAGUUCAAAAGGAUGGCUCAGAUGUUAAAGCGGUUCAAAGCCCCACAUAGUGCAGACAAGACUUCCCCAGAGGGAUGCAAAGACUAAGUGCUGCCCUUCCCACCGGGGAGGCAGGAGAUGAGGUUGCUCUUGGCUGUGGCAUCUAGCCCCCUUUGUGCUGGAAGUGGAACCCCUGGGGUGCCGGCAUCUAUCAGUGCCUGGAGAAAUACUAUGAUAAUUAGCCGGGACUUGGGAAUUGAUCCUGAUUUGGAAUGCAGAAGCAGGGAGCAGUUUGAAGCCUGAAACUGGAGGGAGGUGGGAUCUGACAGAAAUGAGGAAGAGGUGGCUGCAGAUUUCCCGUGAUCAGAGGGAGCUGGAUGGGCUCCCAUUUCCCACCUCCUUUUUCUGCUUUUCCCCCCACCUUGGGCACCCUUUGCUGCAAAGGCAGAACCGAUGCUGGCCUCAUGCCUGCCAGCAGCAUUGAUUUGCUGCUGACGGGAGGACCAAACCCCCUCCCCACCCUGGGACCCUUCUCCCACUCCAUGUGGGUGCCCAUCAGCCCCCACUUCUGGCUUGGUUCCUUCUUCUUCACCCUCCCCAUGACAUGCAACCUCCUUCCCAAGCUACCCUUCAGCCUCACCUUUUCCAUGGAUGCUCUUCCCUAUCUUUUCCAUGUCAAGCCCCCUCCCCAAAUGGUCUUUGUUUCUGUGUCCAGCUCCCUGCCAGGGUGUGGGUCUCAUCUUCAGACCUGGCAGGGCUCACUUUCCCCAGCCUUCCUCCCUGCCAGGCUGGGGGUACCAGGAAACCACAGGUACCAGCUAUUUUGGGGAUGGGGACCACCUUGGGGGAUGUAACCAGGCAGUCUUUGGCCAUCACUGGCUUUCUCCCUUACCACUCAGGCUCAGCUUUGGUUCUGCCCGCCCUGGGGGUGGCAGGAAGGGAAACGCCUUUCCCUUGCUCAGAGGAAAAUGAAAGUGGCUGCUGUCUCACAGCUCACAUCUUCGGGGGCCCCAUGGCUGUGCCAAGCCCCACCACAGGGCUCCCUAGCGAAGCCUUCUGCUCCAUCUGCCUAGAGUAUUUCCGAGACCCUGUCUCCAUCCACUGUGGUCAUAACUUCUGCCGAGCGUGCAUCACCCGCUGCUGGGAGUGGUCCACGGCAAAUUUCUCCUGCCCACAGUGCCACGAAACGGCACCGGAGAGAAACCUACGGCCCAGCAGAGAGCUGGCGCGGGUGCUUGAAAUAGCUAAGCGGCUGAGUUCGCAGGCGGCCAGAGGGGAGACGGUUGAGGUGGAAGGAUGCGAGAGGCACCAGGAACCUCUGAAAGUCUUCUGCAAAGAUGAUGAAGCCUUCAUCUGUGUGGUCUGCCGGGAGUCCCGACUGCACCGGUCUCACACGAUGCUUCCAGUGCAGGAUGCUGUCCAGGAAUACAAGGGACAAAUCCAGGCUCGCCUUCAAGCCCUGAAAGAAGACAGAGACAAACUCCUGGGUUUUCGAGAUGUUGAAAUGAAGAGGAACUGGGAGUACUUGGAGAAGACCAAAGCCGAGAGGCAGAGGGUUUUCUCAACAUUCGAAGGGUUGCGCCUCUUCCUGGAGGACCAUGCCCGUGAUCUGUUGGCUCAGCUGGGAGUCCUGGAGAGGGACAUUGAGAAAAUGCAGGAAGAAAACAUCACGAGCCUGACAAAGGAGAUCUCUUGUCUAGACACAUUGAUCCAGGAGAUGGAAGAGAAGUGCCAGCAACCAGCAAGUAAAUUUCUGCAGGACAUCCGAAGCACCUUGAACAGGUUUCAAAAUGAAAAUUUCCAGCAGCUGCCAUUGCUUCUUUCAGAGCAUGAAAAGAAAAUCAGUCACUUCAGGGAAAAAAAUAUUGCUGUAGAGGAGAUUCUGAAGAGCUUCCAAGAUGUCCUGAUGUUUGAGUUGCCUGAAAAGAUGAAGGUGACCCUGGAUCCAUCCACAGCUCACCCCCAGCUUGUCGUGUCUGAAGACAGGAGGAGUGUGAGGUGGGAAGAUGCCCAGCAGGACCCAUCUGCUGAGGGGUUUGGCACAGAUCCCUAUGUGCUGGGCUGCGAGGGCAUCACUUCGGGGAGAUUCUGCUGGGAUGUGGAGGUGUCACCCCCAGGCUCCUGGGCCGUGGGGGUGGCCAGGGAGUCCCUGAAGAGGAAGGAGGAGACUGCUGUGAGCUCUGAGAUGGAGCUCUGGUCUAUGGGUCUCUGUGAGGGUCAGUUUUGGGCGCUCACCUCCCUCGAGCGUAUCCCGCUAUACCAGAUCCAGGUCCCCAGAAGGGUUCGGGUCUCCCUGGACUAUGAAAAGGGUCAGGUGGCAUUUUUCGAUGCAGAUAAGAGGGCCCUGAUCUUCACUUUCCCAGCAGUCUCAUUCAAAGGGGAGAGUAUUCAUCCCUGGUUCCUGGUGUGGAGUGAGGGGUCCCAGAUCACACUGUGUCCCUGAAGCUCUCCCAAACACAAGUUUCAUGUCUCAAACAUCCCUAUUUCCAGCACUUUGGAGGACUUCUGCCUACUGAAGUCCUAGUUGGCCUUUCUGGCCUUUCCUUCCAUCCUUGGUGAUGCUGAAGGGUUGAGUGUCUCUGUGGGUCAGUGUCCCACGUGGUCACCCCCAACCUGGGGUAUCAGUGGCUGACAAAUGGAGCCACAUCUGCCCCACAGCAUCUUGCACCAGCUUGACUGCUUUUCUCUCUUCUCUUACGGUUUUAGAUGAAGUAAAAAUAUUUAUGUGCUGUAA